UGCACCGAUGUGUGACCUCACCCAUUUGAGUAGCUGGGGGAACAUCCCGUCAGCAGGUCUCACUAUGCUCUAUAAUGCUUUAUUCUCGCUAACGGCGAUCAUGUUUUGUCUUAGCCUUUUCCUCGCGCACAGGGUCAGUGUUUUAGAGAAAGAUUUUCAGAAACUCCGAGGGGACACAAGUCAGCAAUUAAAUCAGCAACGUUCUGAGGGAGUCCAUGGGAAACUGGCCAAGACGUCUAAAACAAGGGAGGGCAUGAAGCAAAGUGUUUUCCAAAGAGCUCAGAGUUCUCUGGAGAGCUUUUCUAGGAGAGUAAAAAGAGAACAGAGCAGCUGCAGAGCGCCGUUAUCAUUCCUACAGUUGAGAGCUAACACUAACAAACAGCCAGAGAGAAGAGGAAAUAUAACUGUGAUCCCCUGGACUGUUUCUGCACAGCGAGGAAAUACAAUUUCACAGAGGGAAAAUAGGAUCGUUGUCCAAGAAGAUGGUUAUUACUUGGUGUUUGGACAAGUUUUGUUUCAAAGUCAAAGCACAGUUAUGGGUCAUGUCAUUCAAAGCUGGAGCUCCACUGAGGGAGAGACGAGACCCACAGAGCUCUUGCGCUGCCUGCAGGAUAUAACAGAGGGAGCUUAUGACAAUACGUGCUACACUGCAGGCACUGUGCACUUGCUUCUGGGUGAGGAACUGGAAAUGAUGAUCCCUUGUCGACCAUCGGCUCUGAUCUCUCUGGAGGCUGACUCGACCUUUUUUGGUGUCAUACAGCUAAACUGAAACAAGUUCACAUAAAUUAAUGGUGUUACUGCAGGAAGUGGGAAACUGCCUCAGAGCCGUGUGACAGGAUGCAGAUAAACAACUAUCAGCAACAGGAAAACAGCUGGAAACUUUUAUAAGUGUAAACAAUAUGCACACACAGCUGGACAUUUAAUUUGAGCACAUUCAUAAUGUGGGGGAAAAUAAAACUUACAUUACGAAGGAUUUUUUUAACCAAAUCAAAUGAAUGUUUCAAUCAUUUGUAUAUUCACUGUAGAUUAUUUGUAUAUAACAUCGCACGAGGUUGGAGCACAGGCAGAAAGAAGGAUAUUUGACCAUUUCUGAUCACCCAAUCCUGAGUCUUCUCUUAUGCUCCCUUCAUUUCAGCUCACAGCACUAGUUGCCCAUAGAUUAACUGGGAGAAAUGGGGGAUCACUAAUUUUGUGUCCGAUCAACAAUUUCUGUGUUGAUGUUGUCAAAAAUUUCGGAUAACUUUGCUUGGAGAUGGUAUUUCAAAAAAACACAUUAGGCUAUAACAGAUCCUUCACACUUAACAGUAGGAAUAAGGUGUUUUGGAGAGUUUUUGCUUUACCUCCCUCAGCUUUGUGCACACUGUGUGUUGCGGUGCAGUAAAUGUGGCUUAAAGAAAUGAGCCUUUGUGAAGUUAUAAUGAUACCCCACAGAAACACAAACCUCCUGGAUAAGUAAUUUGAAGUUAAAAAAAAGAAAUCUUCAGCAUAAAAAAACCUAAUUUGAAUUCUUUAACCUUAAAAAUGUAUAUUUUAAAACUUUUUUCCCCUGUGUGGUUGUCUGUUGCUGCUCUUUUUCUGUCCCACUAGGACCUUUCAUCACUCUAUUUUAAAGUGUCUCUUUAUACCUCGCCGGUCCCUCCUGCUCCACCAACGCGUUGUCUGUUUAUUUGUUCCUCUCCUCUAUUUUAGGACUGAUUUCCGCUUUCCUCAGACUUUGGCAGGAACAAACAGAUGUAUAAAUUUAUAUCACAUUGUAAAGGCUUUACUUGGUUGAAAUGAAGCUGCACAAGGCAAUGUAAGUCUUGCAAUGUCUUUAAUCAAUUAAAAAUGUGUAAAUAAUUCA